UUCCAGGUGGCGCAUAAGAAAGUCAUGCAUUCUCAUCGUUUGUGAAAUAUUAGUGUUAUGAAUUUAACAAAGGAAGAUUAGGAAAAUUUAAAUGUUAAUUUCAAAAUAAUUGCUAAAAGAAUCUCAAAAAUUAUUUGAAUUUACCAUGGUGCCAAUUAUACAGCCUUACAUGGAGGUUGAGAACAACAGACUUUAUUUGGAUCCUUUAUAUUCUUCAGAUCCAGAAACAUGUUUAAAUGCUGUCAUACAAUUGAAAAACUCAGUAAUUGGCAGCAAUAGACAGAAAGGAUUAGUUAUUCAGUUGGGUGUUCUUCCAAGGUUAUUAAAUAUUUUAGGUGAUGAAUCAUCUACAACAGAACUUAUGGUUGAAACAGUAGUAACCAUAGGUAGUCUGGUAAAAGGUACAGAUGAUCAUGUUAAAUCUCUGAUUGAUGCUGGAAUUAUUCCAGUUCUUUUAAGAGGACUUGGUCAGAAUCAUGCUCCUUAUGUUGAAGCUUGUCUUCGUUGUCUUCGAACUAUAUUUACAUGUUCUUUAGCUCCAGUUGAUGUUUUGUACAGUGAUGAUACAAUAAUACCACACCUUAUUGGUAUGGCAGCAAAUACAGGUGUAUCUAAUAGAGAAUGUGUAACUACAAUAUUAAAAAAUGCUUGCACAACUUCUGAACAUCAGAAUUUUCUUUGUAAUAAUGGUGCAGUGGAUGCAUUAGCUGCUCUCCUCAGUUCUUCAAUAUAUAGGUUUGUUUCAAAUAAUUACAUUGACAUUAGUGAUUAUAUUCAGUUUAUAAUAAUAUCAAUUUUAAUUUCUGAUAUUUUCAGUAUGACAUACUUAUGCAGAGCAGAAGCUAUUAGUCCCAAUGAUUCAAGAAUAGUGUUUAAGACGCUCCCCACUUUGGUACGUAUGUGCAAGAAAGAUCAGUCUCCUGAAGAAAGAGUUGAAGGAGCUGAAACUUUGGCCUACUUGACAGAAGUUGAUACUGAACUGCAAAGAGUUGCUAGUAUUAGUGAUCAUUUAAUUCCAACUUUAGCAGAAUUACUUAAAUAUCAACCACCUUCAGCUGGUAUUGUUGGAACAGGUGCAGUUUCUGCAACAACUAUGAAAAAAUUGGAACAAGAAAUGAGACUUGAGCAGGAAAUGAAACAAGCAGCAUUUAAAGCUUUUGCUUCUCUUAGUGCCAAUGAUGAAGAAAUAAGGAAAAAGAUAAUUGAAACAGACUUCUUAAUGGAGCAUGUGGUUACCGUUUUAUCAGAUCCUAAUCCACGUCUUCGAUUAGCUGCUGUGAGAUGCCUGCACAGUCUUUCUAGAUCUGUUCAACAGCUUCGAACAACAUUUCAAGAUCAUGCUGUAUGGAGACCUCUUAUGAAGUUGCUACACAAUGCUCCUGAUGAUAUUUUAACUGUUGCAUCGAGUACUUUAUGUAAUCUUCUUCUGGAAUUUUCCCCCAGCAAGGAGCCAAUUCUAGAAUGUGGAGUAGUAGAAUUAUUGUGCAGUCUAACAAAACAGGAAGAUCCAGCAUUAAGGUUAAAUGGAGUUUGGGCAUUGAUGAAUAUGGCAUUUCAAGCUGAUCAAAAAAUAAAAUCACAGAUUCUCACUACAUUAGGUACAGACCAAAUUUUCCACUUGCUUACUGAUCCAGAUGUCAAUGUUCUAAUGAAAACACUUGGUCUUUUACGGAAUUUACUUUCUACAAAACCUCAUAUAGAUCACAUAAUGGGACUUCAUGGUAAUCAGAUAAUGCAGGCAAUCAUUCUUAUAUUGGAAGGUGAUCAUACAACUGAAGUGAAAGAACAAGCUCUGUGUAUCUUAGCUAAUAUUGCCGACGGAGAUUCUGCAAAAGAUUUUAUCAUGUCUAAUGAAGAUGUUUUAAAGAAAUUAACAACUUAUAUGAUGCAUUCUAAUGUCAAGUUACAAAUUUCUGCAACAUUUUGCAUAUGUAACUUAUCCUGGAAUGAAGAAGAAGGAGCUUUAGAGAGACAGGCCAAAUUAAGAGAUUUGGGAGUUCAAAAGUUACUACAGCAAUUGCUUACAACGACAGAUACAACUUUAUUUGAUAAAGUGAAGACUGCUCUUCAACAAUUUACCUGACUUGUAUUUUUACCAACAAUGUGUGUAAAAUAUUAUCUUUUUUGUAUAUUAAUUUUUUAAUGAUAUUUUAAUUCCUAUUCAUUCUAGAACUUUCAUUUAUCAAAUAAAAAAU